AAAUUCUUCGACAGCUAGGAAAAUCAAACAGAAAAGCAUCUGAAUGCACCUUACCUUGAGUUAUAUACAGUACAUAUAACAGAUUUGUAAUGACUGUUACUCUUAUUGCAGUUCCAAGAAAUUAUGAUCCCAUAUUGCAUCCUUUUGAGGUUCCACGGGAGUACACAAGAGCUCUGAAUGCAACAAAGCUAGAACGUGUUUUUGCAAAACCCUUUCUUAGCUCGCUUGAUGGCCAUAGAGAUGGAGUUAAUUGCAUGGCCAAACACCCAAAGAGUUUGUCUACAGUGCUUUCUGGAGCUUGUGAUGGAGAGGUUAAAAUUUGGAACUUGACCAAACGACAGUGUAUUCGUACUUUACAAGCCCAUGAAGGCUUUGUGCGAGGGAUGUGUGCUCGUUUCUGUGGAACCUCGUUCUUUACUGUUGGUGAUGACAAAACUGUGAAGCAAUGGAAAAUGGAGAGUCCAGGAUAUGGAGAAGAAGAAGAACCGAUUCAUACAAUUCUUGGAAAGACAGUGUAUACAGGAAUUGAUCACCACUGGAAAGAAGCUGUUUUUGCCACCUGUGGCCAACAAGUGGACAUUUGGGAUGAACAAAGGACAAGUCCCAUGUGUUCUCUGACAUGGGGUUUUGAUAGCAUAAGCAGUGUAAAAUUUAAUCCAAUUGAGACAUACCUUUUAGGAAGCUGUGCUUCUGACAGAAAUAUCGUGCUGUAUGAUAUGAGACAAUCAACUCCAUUAAAGAAGGUUAUCUUGAAGAUGAGGACAAAUACAUUGUGUUGGAACCCCAUGGAAGCUUUCAUUUUCACUGCAGCGAAUGAAGACUACAACUUAUAUACUUUUGAUAUGCGCUUUCUUGCAUCACCUGUGAUGGUGCAUAUGGAUCAUGUGUCUGCUGUUCUUGAUGUGGAUUAUUCACCCACUGGGAAAGAAUUUGUGUCUGCCAGCUUUGAUAAAUCUAUCCGCAUUUUUCCUGUAGACAAAGGUCACAGCAGGGAGAUAUAUCAUACAAAACGAAUGCAGCAUGUCAUCACUGUAAAAUGGACUUCAGAUAAUAAAUACAUUCUGUGUGGCUCAGAUGAGAUGAAUAUUCGUCUUUGGAAGGCUAAUGCUUCUGAAAAACUGGGAGUGCUUGCACCACGAGAAAAGGCAGCUAUGAACUACAAUCAGAAGCUGAAGGAGAAGUUCCAGUACCAUCCACAGAUCAAACGCAUAGCUCGGCAUCGUCACUUGCCUAAAAGCAUCUAUUGCCAAGUCAAGGAGCAACGUAUCAUGAAAGAAGCUCGUCGGCGAAAGGAACAGAAUCGUCGUAAGCACAGCAAACCAGGAUCUGUGCCUUUUGUGUCAGAGAAGAAGAAACAUAUUGUGGCAGUAGUGAAAUAAUUUUUUUCAUAUUUACAAAAUGACAUUUGGAAAAAAAAGUUUGAACCCACUGUACAAAAUGUGAGGGUCGUUAGUAAGACAAAGUGUGGCUCUGGAAACGUUGCUUUUCUUUCAUGUAUACAGUUGCUCUGAUUUCUCAAGUCAUCGUCUGCUUUGCGUAGUCCUAAGAAUUGGCUUUGAGUCUUUUAUUACCAUCUGUGUGGCUGGUGUUACUGGGCCCAAAUCUGUAUAUUUCAGUGGAGUUUCUCCCUUUUAAUGUAAGCAGAUAACUUGAUCCUUGGGGUAGGAUAUCUGUGGCUCCAAUUCUAUUCCUUGGUACUUUUCCUUCAAAAGAAGAAUGAACGUGAUUCAGAACUGGCAGCAGCAAAUAACUAAGUUCCAUAUAUUAGAAUCGUAAAAUCAGUUGUCUUUACACUGACUUUCUACAGAAAUCUAAUGAAGUAAAAAAGUGACCAUAAAGCAGUGGGCUGCUAGGUCAUGAUUAUUCCAAAUGACUAAUAUACUGCACUAUAUUUAUUGCAGAAUGGUAUACCAUUUUCCCUUUAUCUAAAAGGAAUUCAGCGUGACUGUCAGACCUCUGUAAGCAUAUUUAGAGUUUUGUUCUGUGUUCUUAACUGUUGUUACAGGACUCGACAAAACUUCAAAGACUGUUAAAGUUGCUAAUACUAAUAAUGACUUUCUUGAAUAAAUAUCUUUUCUGUUUAGCUUAUUUAAAACUUAUACAACUUAUGUCAUCCUUCAUCCAGGUUUUAGAAAACCCCAAAACUUCUUUAGAUGAGUUUUUAUUACAAGCUUCCUUAAAAGCUUGUAUUAAGAAAUAGGAGCUUCAUAUUUCUAAAGUUACCUGCAGCCCCAAAGCUCUUUCACCAUUUUUGUGAGAAAUGCUUUGCUUCUCUUUCACUGGGAUAGACUUAGCUUUUUACUGAAGAUACAAAGGUGCUCAGAAGAACAGAAAACUGUGCCAGAAUUCAACUAGGCCUCUUAGGCUGAAGCCUUCUCUUGCAGAAAUGCAAGAUACUUAAUGACCAUAAAUAUUAUGAUAGAUUCUUGGUAGGCAUCUUUUAUUUUUAAUGUUAUUUAACAUUUUCUGUACAAAAGGAUUUGUUUUUUCAGCCGUUGCACUACUAUGCAGUCUGUAACUACUCCUAAGUUUGUGCACAACAAAUAUGUUAUGAACCCUAUUGGAAUUAACUCUGUAAUUUAACUUGUUUUCUGUUUUUUACUUUGGAAGUAUCACCUUGAGCCAAAAUUAUGGCUGUUUGGUAACAAGAGGCCAUAAUGCGUCUUUUACGCUUUGGUUCACUUUCCUUAUGGGGUGGGAAGAGAAGCAGAUCUGAAGAUCUGUAGGGUUAUGAGAAGCGGUAGAACAGAUCAGGAAAAAGAGUGAUGCUGGCCAUGUGUCUGUUGCACUAACAUGAUGAUGUGCUCUGUGCCAAAUGGAAUUUACUUCCUUCCAGGAACAGUGAGAAAAUUGAGGGAGAAUGUGCUGUCCAAAGUAUGGCUUAUGACACAGCUGUAGCAAGUCCUGAACAAUUUGCAAAGCCAGACUAAUGUUCUGCAUUUUGACAAAAAUUUUCAGCCUUUUCAGUUGAGGUUGAGUUGGUGUAGUUGGUUGUUGGUUUUGUUUUCAGACCUUUGGAUCCCAGUAGUGCAGUUAAGUCAUGUUAACCUCUGGUGUGAACAAAUCCUGCCUCUUGGAGUUUUUUGGCUUGGGUGCAAGACUCUGAAUUCAACUACAAAGCAUUCAGUUCUGGAGCUAGUUUGGACAUCACAAGGUACUGUAGCUGUGAGGCUCUGCUGCAUGGAAUGGACAGGCCAAAGAAUCUCUUGAUGUGCUAAGAGUUUUUGCACUAUUGAUUUCAAACAGGCCAACAAGUGGAGCAACUUGAAGGAUUAAGGUCAGCUCAAACUGUUGUUAAAGAGAUCUAACAGUGUACUGAAAAAAGGAAUUUUAAAGUUUAGGGUCAGAAUAUUUAGAGACUGGUGUAUUUGGAAAUCGUUUCCUUUCCUUUUCCAAAUUCAGUGGGUGUGAUCUUGUACAGAGAUCUUGGCCUUGUCAUCAAGUAGGGUUGUAUCAAGUGGGGCACUGUCUCUUAGCAUUCCAGGAAAAAGUCUGUUUUCCAAAAUCAAGUCUUACUAUGACUUCUAGGGACGUGCUAGUUGUAAAAUCAAUGUAGGUAUGGGCUGGGGUUUUCUAGUUGCAAGUUAGUUGUCUGGGAUUCUGCAGGUGCUGUUUGCACUUUUGUCUGUUUAGAGGAGCCCUAGUUGUGGACUUGCAUUUUGUUGUGCUAGCUGCUGUUGGCUUGUUAAAACGGUCCUUUUGUAAACCUUUACAGUUAGUCUCCAACACUUUGUGGUUGUCCACCGAAAAUAGAUAGUGCCACAAUACUUGAGAGAAUUUUAUUUCUCUAAAUAUGAUAGUUCCUAAGUGGUAGCUCUGUGCUUACAAGAAGGGCUUAUACAAGUCUGUCAUAGGCCAUCACUGAAAAGGUGUAGAAUUUGUGUUAAAGAAGCUGGAGCUCUUAGUCUCCUCCCUGCCCCCGAAAGAUUUGAGAUGUAAUCUGGUUUCUUCUUAAUCACCUUAAAGGAGUUACCUAAAUUUACCUAAAUUAUUAUAUAAGGGUAUGGAUGCAUGUUUUUGCAUGUAUGCAUACUGAGGUUGUAGGCGGAGUAAAAUCUUUAGCUUUUUUUAAUUAUUAUUUAAUGUGGCUCAACUAAGAUGCAGAAAACACAAGGAAACUGCUAACAAUUGUCUUCAAGUUUUUGUUAUGGUUGAUCUAGCAGGGAAAAAUCGUGGACUGUUUUCUGAAGCAAAUACAGUGUCGGCAUACCUGCUACUUAUUAAAAGCAGUAAUUUCUGUAUGUAUUCUGUGUUUGGGAAGAUAUUUAUUCCACUUAAAGUCUGUUUCAAAAGAGAAAUAACUUCUUUGAUACAGAAUUAUUUAAAUCAAUGUUCAUAGCUUUGGUUAAUUUGAGCUGCUUCAUGAUAAAGAUUUCCUAUGGAGUCUACACCUGUUUUAUUGUAGCCAGGCUACAUAAUGAUAUUUGAAUAAAAUGAUUUAUU